UCCAAUAGUUUUGUUCACAAAAAGAAAAAAAAUUAUACUAAAAUGGCGGUGAACGUAGGCCUUUUUGAAAUUUGCAUAACAUUCAUUUUCUUCCUUUUCUUUCUAGGCUUAUUGUUCCACAAGAACUUGUUCAACAAGAAAUUUCUGAAGCACUCGCUCACGAACUGGCCGGUCAUUGGGAUGCUUCCGGGUCUACUCCUCCAUUUCAAUCGUUUCUAUGAUGCAGUCACCGAGCUUCUCGAGGCCUCCAAUAUGACGUUUGCUUACAAAGGGCCAAGGCUUAGUGGAAUUAAUAUAUUGCUCACUGUUGAUCCAGCCAAUAUCCGCCAUAUUCUAAGUUCAAAUUUCGACAAUUAUCCCAAAGGGUUGGAGUUUAAGAAGAUAUUCGAUGUCUUGGGAGAUUCAAUUUUCAACGUUGACACGGAGUUGUGGGAGGAUAUGAGAAACUCGUCUCAUGCCAUUUUAGGCCAUCAAGAUUUCCAAAGGUUUUGGGUGAGCACAAGUGUAAACAAAGUGAAUCAAGGGCUUGUUCCUAUUCUUGAAAACGCUGUUGAGAAAAACAUCCUCGUAGACUUUCAAGAUCUGUUCCACAGAUUCUUGUUCGACACAUCUUCGAUUUUGAUGACCGGGUAUGAUCCAAGAUGUCUCUCCAUCGAAAUGCCUAAGGUUGAGUUCAGUGACGCGGUGGAUGGUGUUGCGGAUGGGAUUUUCUAUAGACAUUUCAAGCCGGUUUUUCUUUGGAAGCUCCAAUAUUGGCUUGGAUUUGGAGUAGAGAAGAGCAUGAGAAGAGGUCUCGCGGUUUUCGACCAAUUACUAGCGAAGGUCAUAUCAGCUAAACGAGAGGAGAUCAAAGUUCAUGGCAUUCGUGACUCAGAAGGAGAGGCCAUAGACGUUUUGACGUAUUACAUGACUAUCGACACGACCAAGUACAAACACUUGAAGCCAAGUAACGAUAAAUUCAUCAGAGACACUAUUUUGGGGAUUUUGAUAGCGGCAAAAGACACAACAAGCUCUGCUCUCACUUGUUUUUUUUGGCUUCUCUCCAAGAACCCUGAAGCAAUCACCAAGAUACGACAAGAGAUUAACAAGGAGAUGCCAAAGUUUGAUCCCGCAGAUUUAAACAAGCUCGUGUAUCUAGACGCUGCCGUGUGUGAGACGCUAAGGCUAUACCCAUCAGUCCCAUUUAACCACAAAUCACCGGCAAAGCCGGACGUGCUUCCAACAGGGCAUAGAGUCGACAAGAACUGGAAGAUAGUUAUCCCUAUUUAUGCAUUGGGAAGAAUGAAAUCCGUUUGGGGAGAUGAUGCAAAAGAUUUCAGACCAGAGAGAUGGAUUUCGGACAGUGGAAUGUUGAGACACGAACCUUCGCAUAAAUUCUUGGCAUUUAACGCUGGUCCAAGAAGUUGCUUGGGGAAAAAGUUAACGUUCUUGCAGAUGAAGACAGUGGCUGUGGAAAUCAUACGAAACUAUGACAUUAAAGUCGUCGAAGGGCACAAAACCGAACCAGUUCCUUCUGUUCUUCUUCGCAUGCAACAUGGUCUGAAAGCUAGUGUUACUAAGAUCUAGAGAUAUUUUCUCUUUUAUAAAAUCAAUAAUAAUGAUAAUAAUUGUUAAGGGGUUAUAAGUCCGAAACCUCUUGAUUAAAAAAGGAAAAUAAAAAAUAAUUGUCAAGAUUUCAAUAAAAGAUCGAUGUAUGUAACCUCAUCGAUAGUUUCAAUUUAUAUGCAUGUAUGUCUUUUCGGUUGAUUGUAGUAAUCAUUACGUACUUGAGUGCAGUUUGCAUUUUGUAAUGUAAAAUUUAUCAAUUAACAAAACUGUUUGUUUAGA